GUCUCUCAGAUGUUUGUCGAUAAAAUGAUAAAAAAACAGCACUACGAAUGGUCAUCCGAUCUGGACCAAUGUACACCCUGUGGCAGUCUCCUAAUACAAAUAAAACGGCUCGAUAAGACUUGUUUGAUUCAGCUUGUGCUGACCAGAGUUGGAGGAAAAGAUGCAUGUAAAAGAGCUUGUUUUCAGUCUCAUCUUACUAUUGCAAGCAUGCGGCCCACUUUUGGCUCAGACACCAGCCCCGAUACAACCUGACUCUCCAGGAAUACUGCAGAAGCUGGCAGAUAAAGCCAGGGAAGCCAAAGUUAAAGUCCAGGGCUGGGGAGAAUCAGUGGCGGGCUUUACUGGUGCUUACUAUGAAGACCACAUCCAACCAUUGACUGACAGCUACGUUCAAUGGGCCUCUCGUUUCAAAAGCUCCGUGUUGGAGACGAUCCAGACAACCAUUGACAAUUACAAGCCACUGAAAGCAACCAAUCCAACUGAUCAACCUCCUCAGAACUAAAGAAAAGCUGACAAUAAAUGAAUAUUCUUACCACUCGAUGGUGAACUGAUCAUGUCUUAAGGUUUCAUUGUGCUUUGCUGGUUAUGUCAGUCUCUGUAGUAGAUGUUGUUGUACAAACCCAGCUUGUCCUGCAAGAAAUAGGAAGAGAUGAAGAUCAUAAGAGGGAAUUCAAGGCAGUCAUGAAUAAAAUAUGUGAGGAGGUAAAUUCAUCAACAUAUAUGACAUGAUUUCUAUACAGCAUUUAUGAGAAUAACCUGCAGUUUCUUUGUAUAAAGGUGCACUGCUGCUGUAGGUGAUGUUUCCCUUGAAAUAUAUUCAACGAGUUACAUUCAGUCCUGCUAUUAAACAAAUAAAUCCCCCA